UUAUAAGUUAUGUAAUAAUCUGGCAUCAUGUCAUUGGCUGGUUGCAUUGAGGCUCAAAGAAUAGAAUGUGAACUGCUUCAAAGUAUCCAUGCUCAGAAUUACCACUGUGCUAAAGAUUCGACUACGCUACCUUGGAUGCCAAAUUUGAGUGCGCGGAGUGACAUUUGGAAGCGAGGCGCUAAGCUGGCUCCUCAGAUCUCCAAUAUGGACGACGAACCUCCAGCGUACCACGAAGAUAUUGAGCCCAUUGCCAAUGAUAUUAUCGACGACUACCGUCAAUCCAUGGGCUCGUGGGACAUGGGGUUCAUGCAAGGAUCAUUCCAGGACUCGCUGCAUAACACGAGUGCGGCUCGAAGUCUUGACUUGGAAGCUCAACAUGCUGGGCUUGUACAAACUUGCUCGUUGUGCCACAAGAGCUUCUCCGACUCGUGGAAGCUUAAAGUUCAUCUUCGCACACACACUGGAGAGAAGCCUUUCAUGUGCAAAUUUUGCUCAUAUGCGACCGCACAGAAAGGGAACUUGCAGCGCCACGUUCGAAUUCACACUGGCGAGAAGCCAUUUUUUUGUGACCUGUGUCCUUACCGUGCCUCCAACAAACAUUCACUUGUAUUUCAUAAACGGAGUAAACAUAUUGAGCAAGCACUCGAAGAUUCAAGCACUACUAUAUGAGAUUAAUCCGGAAUUGGUAUCGUAAUCAACCCUCGGAUCAGCUUGUCACCGGAUGGAGCUAGAAAUUGAACUUACUGAAAGAUCUGAGUUGUUUGCACCGUGAUAGGUGUAGCUAGUUUCCAAAAGACAAACACGAUACGUCGAAUUAUAGGCUGCGUGAACAGUGUGAAAUUAUUUUGACUUGUUUGGGGUGCGAGACUUUUACGAGAAAUCCAGUCAGGAGGUCAUAUUUGAGGCCAAACUAACAGCGUGUGGUAAUUCUUUUUUUUGGACAUGUAUUUAUAAAUUAGUUACUAGGAUUUGAUGGCAAUAAAUAAUCAAAUAGGUAGUCGUGCAAUCAAAAAGUUGGUAACUUGGUAUCAACAAUAAUAUGAAUCUUGAAGAAAUCUAGUGCAAUAUUGUAUCGAAGGGAAAUGAAGUGCAAUUGAAGUUGAAAAAUCGUUUAAUCCAAGCAAACUAUAGGCAAACAAAGGGUAAAUUUGAACGCUAUGCUUAGAAUUUUGAGUGUUAAACGUCAAGAAUGGGCUCAUUCAAGUGUGAAGAAUACAAAUGUAUGAUAGCAAAUGAAGAAAUAGUCUAUAACUUACUGCAUUUGUCCGUUGAUUAAAGACUGAACCAUUAAGAAUGCAAAAUGCAACGGCUUCAAUCGGUCUUUUCCGUAAUUGAUGCUUAUAGCGAUUAAUCAAACAUUUCCUUCACCCUCUGCAUGUUUCUACGCUAUUCUUAGUAGCAUUACUGU